AUGAAAGCGACAACUGUGAACCAAGAGAGGAUUAACAUACUUCUACGUGCUUUUAAGAAUCUUGGAAGGAUUAACGAAGACAUUGUCAUCUGCGCAAUGAAGGAUGAAUUCAUGAUUUUUGUAAAUAAUGUUUCCCAUACUUGCAGACCAGUAAUCCGCUUCAAACCAGAAUUCUUCAACUCAUAUGAGUACACUAGCGACCAAGAAAAUGUAAUUUUCCAGAUAACUGCAAAAAGUAUUACAAAUAAUACCAAAAAUUUGACGAAUUCCAUACAAUUAGACCUCGAAAUAGAUACAACAAGGACCAUGCUACUACUCAAAAUGGUCGACCAGAACAAAAUCAUACACAAUUUUGAAUUAUUUUUACAAGAUGCGAUUUCCGCCGUCGGAGAUUACUUUUCUACGACAAUAUACCAAGUAGCCAAGCUUCGUAUGAAUCAUACAUACUUUGGAGAUAUCAAAGUCGCAUUUAAAAGGGUACAUUUCAUAAAUUUAUCAAUUAAUUCACAAAAAUCACUACUUUACGCCAAUUUCUCAUCAGAAGAUGAAGAAAAGUCCAAGAAUGACUCAUCAUUGAACAUAAAACAGAAUCAGAACUGCAAUAUUGAACUUAAUGACACUAAAUUCCGAAAUUUAGAGUUUUCAAUUGGAGAUUUUCGCAACAUUUUGCGGGUAAAUAGGAUAUUUUCAGAAAUAUCAGAUAUAUACUUAUCAUUUCCAGGCAUUCCAGUUGUUAUUCGCAGUUAUUACCAAAACAACACUGUUGAAGUAGAAAGUGCAAUUGCAACAAUGUCUGAUGACAUAAACAAUGAAGAAACAAAUGAAAACACACAACAAAUUCCACAACCUCCUAAAGCACAGUUUCCUCCAGAACCUCCUAAAUUCCCUGCACCAAUUGGAGUUUCACAGGAUAAAUCUGAUUCAUCUCAGUUCUUGAUUGGAUCUAUAUUUUCACCUAUCACACAGGAAAGAAAGAGAUUGACAAUCACUGUGUCAGCAAGCCAAUCUGAAGGUUCUUCUCUUUCUUCUGAUGACUCCGACUAA